AGCAGCAGCUCACCUCCCAACCCCCACGUUCUCUCUUUCCUCGUGCUCUUAUCUUCCUCGACGUUCCUCAAUAUCGAUGCGGGCUCCUUCGCCUCCCAGCUCAUUGCCAUUGGUUCAAGACUCCGACUAUUAUAUCCCUGAAGGAAACACUGUCAUAAGAGUCGAGGAUACGUUAUUCAAGGUUCACAGAUAUCUUCUGAGUAGAGAUGGUUCAGCUUUCGAGGGCAUGUUUUCGUUGGACCACCUUCGCCCCGGUACUGCCAAGGAAGGCGAAAGCGACGAGAACCCUAUAAUGUUGCAAGGCGACAAGCCAGAAGAAUUUAAAGCUUUGUUAUGGUCCCUGUAUGCCCUCCCAGCUGAAGUGUUUCAAAUGCCGAGCACCCAGUCUGACGUCGUUCGCUUCAUCCACUUGGCACGCAUUGCGCACAAGUAUAGUUUCCGUACCACCGAGAGCUGGGCCUUACAUGUCCUCACCGUCUGUCAAAACAGUUCCGAAAUUCUGUCCCCAGUCAACUCCACGCCGAUUCUUACUCAAUUAACCGAGGUCGCAGUUUUAUGUAACCACGAGGAACUACACGAGGCUGUUGAACCUAUGUGGGCGGAUCUCUUGUUCACUGGUCAAACAGAAGAUAUUAUCUCAGCCAUGACGGUCGCCGACAAGUUGAACCUCAGGCCAUUGCUUGGUCUAGCUUACUACUUGAUGAUGCUCAAGGGGCGUGACGAGUGGAACAACCUGAAUUUGAAGUCGACGUUGACGAGAGAGCAAAGGAUUCGAUUGCUCUCUGGCUAUUACAACAUCAGCCGUGUAUGCGAUGCUCUACCCACGACUGCACCGGCAUUGGUCCAUCAUCCGACGUGUUUCAUGCAAGGCCGGUGCGGGGAGGCAUGGCAGACACUCUGGACGACGAUGAUCGCGAAGAUGACGAAUGAUGGGGGUAACUCUUCGUUCAAGAUACAAAACGUGGAUAUUCUUCGGAAACUUCAUCUCGCGAACCACCUGCUGGAAAAACUACUGAAUGGAGAGGCACCGAUGGAUGUCCCUGGUAACGUGAACAAAAGCUGCCUCAGGAACGGGUUGAAGGCUUCGGAGGACAAGGUGAACGAUGUACUCUAUGGGUUGGCGGAUUGUUUCGUGGAGCUGGAUUGAUCAUUGAAGACUGCUCUUUUUUUAAUCCUUUCCCUUUUUCUGUCAACACGGACAGUACCUUUGGUGUAUUCUCUCCUCUCACUUUACUUUCUGUUUUGCUCGGAUGUCCCAACUACAUCACCAGCUACGUCACAAUUUACUGUAUCAUAUCGUAUCAUAGCUCUCUGAUUUUCCUGUUUGCUAUUUAUAUUAUUGUACCAUUGUAGUGGUCGGCAUUGGAUACUUAGACAAAUUCAAUUCAACGUUUUACACACGCA